CCGCGCUUCCAAGCCCCGCCUUCGGGGAGGCAAGGCGGGCGGCGCGCGUGGCUGCUCGGAUUCGGCGGGCUGCCUCCCACCGGCCCCGUGGCGCCCCGGACCGCUGCCGGAAGCGCCUCGACUUCCAGCCAGCAACAUGACGGAGGGCUUUGACUGUGCCAGCUGCAAGGAGUCUCUUUAUGGGCGCAAGUACAUCCAGGGAGACGAGGGUCCCUUCUGCAUCCCCUGCUAUGACACCCACUUUGCCAACACGUGUGACGAGUGCAAGGAGCUGAUUGGACAUGAUUGCCGGGAGCUCUACUACGAGGACCGCCAUUACCAUGAGAGCUGCUUCCGCUGCUUCCGUUGUGACCGCUCCUUGGCCGAUGAGCCUUUCACCUGCCAGGGGCAGGAGCUGCUCUGCAAUGGCUGCUAUUGCCAGGAGUUCUCCUCCCAGUGUGUGGCCUGCCAACAGGUGGUCAUGCCAGGUUCUCGGAAAUUGGAGUACAACGGGCAGACCUGGCACGAGCACUGCUUCCUUUGCAGCAAUUGCCAGCAGCCCAUUGGUGCUCGUUCCUUCAUCCCAGAGCAGAACGAGUAUUACUGCGUCUCCUGCUAUGAGAGCAAAUUUGCGCCCCGCUGCACCCGCUGCAAGAAGACGCUGACCAAGGGAGGAGUGACUUACCGGGACGAGCCGUGGCACAAGGAGUGCUUCAUCUGCACCGGCUGCGAGGCCCCCCUGGCUGGGCAGCAGUUCACCUCCCAAGAGGAUCAGCCCUACUGCAUCAAGUGCUUCGGCAGCCUUUAUGCCAAGAAAUGCAGCACCUGCGCCAAGCCCAUCACAGGUUUCGGGGGAGGCAAGUACGUCUCCUUCGAGGAUCGCCACUGGCACCAAAGUUGCUUCAGCUGCUCCCGCUGCGCUGCCACACUGGUGGGGAAGGGCUUCAUCCCUGACAACGAUGAGAUCCUGUGUCGCGAUUGCGCCGGCAGUCUCUGAAAGGGCAUCCCGGGCAGUUGUCCUCUAGAUUGUGUGUGUGCCAAAGUUCUCUCCUGGGGCAGCAGCAGGGCAGGGAUGGUCCUCCCCUCCCUGGCAUUGCUGAUUGGCGCCAGCCGCCUCUUUCCUGCCAGACAAAAAUGGUGGCUUUCUCACCCGGCCUGUCUCUGAUGAGCUCAGGCCGCUUCCCUUGUUCACCAGCAGCGUGGUGGUGAAGUCCACCCCCACCGACCGUGAUCUGCCUCGAGGGCCAUUUUCUUCUGGGUCCGGAAGAGAGCAGGUGCGUGUCUCUCAGAGGGCGGGAGCCUUCCAUUUCCCACCCAAGCCUCUUCCCUGAGAUCCAUCCCGGUUGUCCGACAGUUAGUAGGAGCAAGCUCAGCUGUUCCCCUUCCACCAUCAUGUUUCUUUCUAGCCUGCCCACUUUUGCAGGGGAAAGGAGGCCUCCGUCCCCCAGGCAUGGAGUACCACUUCUCUCAUUCCCCAUCCCCACCCCCCACCCCCAAAGUUCUGGAGUGGCAGCCAGCCUUUCGGCAUCCUUCCUUUGCUUUGGUCCCCGGAAAUCCCUGAAUGGCCGAAAAAGAAAGCUUGCAAGGCAUCAGAAAAGGCUCCAGUUUUUUUCUCCCACAACCGCUGGGCUUGAGUUUUGAAUCCCCUGACCUCCACUACCCUCCCCCCUCUGGGCCUGGACUUUCUACCCGCUGCUUUCUGUCCUGGGAGUCUCCCACCCUUCAAAGCCUGCCCUCCCACCUGGAAGAAAGGGGCUCUGUCGCUUUCUGCAGACGUUCUCUGUGGCCUGAUUUUCUUUCCUGCUUUUCUUUGGUGAAAUGCUAUGCAUGUUCCUUUAAAUGCACUAUGUAGCCAUUCCCUCAAAUGCUUUGCUGCCGGGGAGUCAGAGACCACAGCUGGGUGUCUGCCUGUUGGUGGGGUUGCUCACCUCUGGUCAGUGGUUCUCUCCCCUCCUUUUCUGACUUUCUCUAAUAAAUCAUAUUAAUGGA